CAGUUCUUACCUAUACAAGCACACAUGGGUUUCCACGGAUCGCUCGCUGGCAGGUAACCAGGUGCAUUUGUGUGUAUGCUAGUUAGCAUUUAGCUCAACAUGUCUCAUCAGCUGACUCCAGAGCAGCAGCGUAAGAUCGAGGAGAACAGGCUGAGGGCGUUAGAGAGGCGAGCCGAGAGGAUGGGACAAGCUCCCAGUAUCAACAACCAGUGCUCGGCAGGGCCCAGCAGAGCUGCAGUGCUUAGACAGGCCAGAGACUCCUCCAGCAGCUCAGUCUCUGCACCAAAACUCUAUGUUCCACUCUCCAAACCUCAGCCUGCACAGAGCUUCAACAACCAGAGGCAAGCUGUGCCGACGCAUCAUCAGUCAUCUGCUAAUGGAAACCAGAUCAACCAGAAUAGGCCCAGUACCUCUUCUCCUUUGAGACAGAUCCAAGUUAUCGACCCACUUCCUCAGGGGAAACGUCCACAUGUGAGCAGCGCUGUCUUGUUAAAUGGAGGAGGCGUUGGCGGGAGAGCAGCUCAGUCCAAACCUCACCUCUCCUCCGGCAGCCCUGGUGCUGGUGGUGCAGCCACUUCUUUCUACAAGCAAGCGACCACUAAACCUGCCCAGAGUUCUGUGGCACAGCUUCCCUCACGCGCCUCCACCUCCACCUCCAACGCUGUAGCUGCUAAAAAGCCUUCCAUCUCCGUGAGGGGACGAUGUGUCCCCCACACAGAGGACACUCGCUUCAGAGUAGAAGUGAGCUACCACGCAGAGCUCAUUGCUGUUUUUAAAUCAAUCGCCUCCAAGAACUAUGACCCUGCUACAAAGAUGUGGAACUUCAGCCUGGAGGACUAUCAGCAGCUAAUGGAGGAGGCAGGCUCUAUUCCCUCUGUGUCCCUGAGGCCUCUGGAGGGAAUGGAACUGGUGGAUGUCGCUUCCUUCCGACCCCGUGACCCUGCAGCUCUGGGGGCGCUGCUGAAGCUGUGUAGCGGCUGGCAGAAACCUGGAGCCAAACUGCAGGGCCAGUGCAUCUUGGUGUCGCCCAACAAGUUUGAGGUUGAUGUCGGCUACAAUGUUGAUGUCAUUGCAGCAUUCAAGCAAAUGCCAACAAGCAGCUAUGACAUGAAAACAAGAAAGUGGAGCUUCUCGCUUGAGGAUUUUAAGAAACUCAUGGAUCUCCUUGGUGGGAUAGCAGCAGUGGAGGUGGAGCCUCUGCCCAGGGCAGUAAUCCAGGCUUUCUCUGCCAGUUUUGAUGGGACUGAAGCCAGGUCUUUGGACGUCCCAAAGGCAGACCUGUCCUCCAUCGAACCCUCGCUCACCAACAGCCUUAUGCCCUUCCAGAGGGAGGGGGUCAAUUUUGCAGUGUUUAAACAAGGCCGCCUCCUCCUGGCUGACGACAUGGGUCUGGGAAAGACCGUCCAGGCCAUUUGCAUAGCAGCCUAUUACAGGAAUGAGUGGCCCUUACUGGUGGUGGCUCCCUCCUCCGUACGAUUCACCUGGGCUGAGGCCUUCAGGCGCUGGCUCCCCUCCCUCAGUCCUGACUGCAUCAAUGUAGUGGUGAAGGCCAAAGACAACCUGCGCUCCGGUUUGGUCAACAUCGUCAGCUACGACCUGCUGAGCAGGAUGGACAAGCAGCAGCCUGGAGACCCCUUCAAUGUUCUUAUCAUGGAUGAAUCCCAUUUCCUGAAGAACAUAAAGACGGCUCGGUGUAAAGCUGCUUUGCCUCUACUGAAGGCAGCAAAGAGAGUGAUUCUUCUGUCUGGGACCCCGGCCAUGUCCCGACCCUGUGAGCUCUACACCCAGAUUCUGGCCGUCAGACCUUCACUCUUCCCUCGCUACCACGAUUUCGGGAUGCGCUACUGCGACGCCAAGCAGACGACUUGGGGCUGGGACUACUCCGGCUCUUCUAAUCUUGCGGAGCUGAAGCUGCUGUUGGAAGAGUCUCUGAUGUUGCGCCGUCUCAAAUCCGAAGUCCUGUCCCAGCUUCCUGCUAAACAGCGCAAGGUUGUCACGGUGACCAUAGAUGGGAUCUGCGCCCGCAUGAAAGCAGCGCUGUCGGCUGCUGCCAAAGAGUUGUCCAAGGAACAUCGCAACAAAAUGGAAGAGAAGGAAGCCCUCCUCAUCUUUUAUAACCGCACCUCUGAAGCCAAGCUGCAAGCGAUUAUGGAGUACAUCACGGACAUGCUGGAGUGUGGGAGGGAGAAGUUUCUAGUGUUCGCCCAUCAUAAGUUAGUUCUGGAUCAUAUCUCCUGUGAACUGGGGAAAAAGAAAGUCCCUUUCAUUCGUAUCGACGGGGCCACGCCUUCACUUGAGCGACAGCAGCUGUGUGACAAGUUUCAGCACUCGACCAAGACGUGUGUAGCUGUUCUGUCCAUCACUGCAGCGAACAUGGGAAUCACCCUGCACUCCGCAGACCUGGUGAUCUUUGCAGAGCUGUUCUGGAACCCCGGAGUUCUCAUUCAGGCAGAGGAUCGGGUGCACCGCAUUGGCCAAACCAAGAGUGUGAACAUUCACUACCUGGUUGCCAAGGGAACUGCUGAUGAUCACCUGUGGCCAAUGAUCCAGGGAAAAAUGAAUGUCUUACAACAAGUGGGUCUUUCUGAGUCUAAAUUCUCAGACAACGCAGUGAGCGCCAGCUUCCACUCUAAGGACCCGAAGCAGAAGAGCAUCAUGGAGAUGUUCCAGAGAUCGUUCACAGCUGAGGAAGAUAUGGACGAGGCCAUGUUACUGGAGGCCGCAGACGACUGGGACAACGACCCCCCCGAAGACACCUCUUGACAACAUCACAGCCCCAUCGGACCAAGCCCCAGCAAGGGAGGCAUUAAGGAAUAUUUCAGCAGAUGACUUUUACUGACAAAUUAUUUGUUUAUUUGUGUCCUGUUUUUCUGUUGAUCAUGAGUGAACUUAUGUACUUUUGCAAACGUACCUCAAAUGUUUUUACUUAUUGUCUGUUUUAUGUUGUU